AUGUCUGCGAAGAAGGCUGUUGAUCCUGUCGCAAGAGUCGACUUCAGCCUUUUUGGCGGUGCUGAGUCGCUCACAGAGGGCAGGACACCUCGCAGGACUACUGUCGUGUCACCUACACCCAGUGACGAUGGAAAGACACAUAUCUCACCUCCCCAGGACCCGUCUGACUUCCUUUGGAUCAUGACCGAAGAGCCACACCGCAGUAGACGCAUGGCGAUCAUGAAGGCUCAUCCUGAGGUCAAGAAACUCAUGGGCUACGAGCCUCUGACGAAAUACGUUGUCUUCGGCGUAGUUGUCACCCAGUUGCUUGUCGCCUAUCUGCUGCGGAAUACCAAACCAUUGACGCCUCUCUUUCUCUUCUGCGUGUAUUUCAUCGGCGCAACUGCAAACCACAAUUUGUUCCUCGCUAUCCACGAGAUUACACAUAACCUAGCAUUCAAGGGAAUCAAAGCCAAUAAGGCACUGGCUGUGUUUGCAAAUUUUCCUAUUGGCAUCCCCUAUUCUGCCGCAUUCAAGCGAUACCACUUAGAACACCAUAAAUACCUGGGCGAAGACGGUAUAGACACCGACCUGCCGACGCGUCUCGAACUAAUUUGUCUGAACAAUGUUCUUGGGAAGGUCUUCUUUGCUACGUUCCAGAUUUUAUUUUACGCGCUGCGCCCUGGUUUCGUGCGCACGCAACAGCUGACGCAAUGGCACUUGGUGAAUCUGGUCGCGCAACUGAUUUUUGAUUACAUUCUUGUGAAAACAUGCGGUGCGCGUUCGCUCAUCUAUCUGAUUGCGUCAAGCUUCUUCGCCGGUAGCCUGCACCCGUGUGCGGGACAUUUCAUUGCCGAACACUACGUAUGGGAUGGUCUCAACCAGGAGACAUACUCGUACUAUGGGCCGCUCAACGUGCUCGCGUACAACGUUGGAUAUCACAACGAGCACCACGAUUUCCCUUCCGUACCGUGGACCCGGCUCCCCGCUCUCCGCGCGCUCGCACCUGAAUUCUACGACACGAUUCCGUCGCACCCGUCAUGGCCCAUGGUGAUUGUCAACUUCAUUCGCGAUCCGGAGGUGGGAAUGUUUGCACGUGUGAAACGCCCCAUGAAGGACAGGGACUGUGGCUCAGCUACAAACGCCCCUGAGGCGAAGCUGAUGAAGGUGCAUAGCGAGAUGGAGGAUUCGGAUGACAGUGCUUAA